GGUUCUUCCCUCUGUCGCUCUUUUGAUGACGUUCUUCCUGUCUCACCGUAUCAACACGUGUACGGUGUACAGUUGAGAGCUGAAGGGGAGAAACAGCGACUAAACCUCAGCCUCAAGACACUACAGUGUCGUUUAUCUCUUUUUUUACCCGGGGAAGGCUUCUCCGACUAAACUGUCAAAAUGGUGAAGCCUCAAUUCAAGGGGAGAAGCUCCAUAAACACCUCAUCGUCCAGCAGCAACCCUGACCGAGCUAAAGGGGCUGGAGGAAACAACAUGAGGGACCGAUCCACAAUCAAGCGUCUGAAUAUGUACAGACAGAAACAGAGAUGUAACAACCGUGGAAAAGUCAUUCGGCCAUUACAGUUUCAGUCCACUGUGGCUCCGGGGACUCAGGCCAGAGUUGAACCUAACAUCAAGUGGUUUACAAAUACCCGAGUAAUCAAGCAGUCGUCCCUCCAGAAGUUCCAGGAAGAAAUGGGAGCAGUACAGAAGGACCCGUAUCGUGUGGUGAUGAGACAAAGCAAACUUCCCAUGUCCCUCUUGCAUGAUAGAGUCAAAGCCCACAAUUCCAAAGUCCACAUUUUAGACACCGAGGGUUUUGAGACCACGUUUGGGCCAAAGGCUCAGAGAAAGAGGCCGAGUCUCAUAGCGGAGGAUGUGAAGGAUCUCUUGGAGCAGGCUGAGGCCUCAGCUCAGACCUACAAUGAAGACAAAGACUCAGACCUGGUGACAGAGGACACAGGGGUCCGAGACGAGGCCCGGGAGGAAAUCUUCAAGAAGGGUCAGUCAAAGAGGAUCUGGGGUGAACUUUACAAGGUAAUUGAUUCGUCUGAUGUCAUCAUCCAAGUGCUGGAUGCUCGGGAUCCCAUGGGCACUCGCUCCAAGAGCAUCGAGACGUAUAUGAAGAAAGAGAAACCUUGGAAACAUCUGAUAUUUGUUCUCAACAAGUGUGAUCUCAUCCCCACCUGGGUCACGAAACGAUGGGUUGCUCUUUUGUCCCACGAGUACCCCACUCUGGCUUUCCAUGCCAGCCUCACCAACUCUUUUGGAAAGGGCUCCCUCAUCCAGCUUCUCAGGCAGUUUGGAAAGCUCCACACAGACAAGAAACAGAUAAGUGUUGGUUUCAUCGGAUAUCCUAAUGUGGGGAAGAGCUCGGUCAUCAACACGCUGCGGUCGAAGAAGGUCUGCAAUGUGGCGCCCCUCGCUGGAGAAACGAAGGUGUGGCAGUACAUCACUCUCAUGAGACGCAUCUUCCUCAUUGACUGUCCCGGUGUCGUCUACCCUUCAGAAGACAGUGAAACUGAUAUUGUCCUCAAAGGAGUGGUUCAAGUGGAGAAGAUCAAGACCCCGGAGGAGCACAUCGGGGCCGUACUGGAGCGGGCCAAGCCAGAGUACAUUCAGAAGACCUACCGCAUCCCCUCGUGGAACGACGCUGAAGACUUUCUGGAGAAGCUGGCGAUGCGUUCUGGGAAACUUCUGAAGGGCGGUGAGCCAGAUCUUUCCACGGUCUCCAAAAUGGUGCUGAAUGAUUGGCAGAGAGGACGUAUCCCCUUCUUUGUCAAACCUCCCGGACCUGAGGGAGAUCAAGAGGACAAGGAGCCUUUGGCAGUUAAAGCACCCGUGGAUGUGGCUGAGACUCUCCAGGAGGAACAGCUCGACAAUCCAGACGCCUUGUCAGAGGAACAGCAGCAGCAGCAGAAGAAACAGCAGAAACAGAAAGAGCAAGUCCAGAAGAUUCUGUCUAACGUACGACAGAACUUCGGCAAGAUCAACGUGGCACCGGAGUUCAGCGAAGAAGACUUGGUUCCUGUUGAGAUGCCUGACCUGGACAUGGCUGAUUUCUCUGGCUCUGACGGCGAGGAGGUCAGCGAGGAAGAAGACGGGGGAGAAGAAGGCGAGAGCAAUGUUGAACCAGCUGACGGAGAGACAGCGGGAGCAGAGCCCACAGCGGCUCAGACUGUAAAGGCUAACAGCAACAAGAGUUCACGCGAGGUGGUUAAGGAGCUGGAUGCAAAGAUCGCCAAAUACAAGCAGUUCCUGGAUCGAGCCAAAUCCAAACGCUUCUCUGAAAUCCGGAUACCUAAGGCUCUCUCUGAGAAAGUGUUCACAGACCUGAAGACUAAACAAGCGGCCGCAGCUAAACAGGCACAGAAGAAAGCUGCAAACCAGAGGAAGAGGAGAGCGGAGGAUGACGGAGAGUCCACCCAGACGCGCAGACUGACUUCCAAGCAGAAAAGAGCGAUGGACCGUGCGCAGAAAGCCAAGAAAGUCGGCGUGCGCUAUUACGAAACACACAAUGUCAAGAACAAGAACAAGAACAGAAAGGCGCCAGCUUCAGCAACAGAGGGCCAAAAGGCUAAAAGAUCAAAGCACUAGGUAGAAGUUUAAAAAGGGCAUGGAGCUUUAUUUAAACGAGCUGUUUUUAAGGAAAACGUGGAGCUGAAAGAAGGUGGAGAUUUAACAGUUGAGUAAAAUGGUUCCAUCAAGUAGAAACAAGAUGCCUUAUUCUAAACUUAAGUGUCUUUCAGGGAAAUCACUGUUUGUUUUGGCCUCUUCAACUUUCUCCUCCCUUCAAACCCAGAGCUGUUUUUGAAUGACGUCAUUCAUACAGGUGUAAUACUCUCUUGAUGUUCAAGAGAAAUGUACAGUAACUGUUUGAACUGUACAUGUCUCACCAUGUUGUUUGAAAAAAAUAAAUAAAACACAUGCUGAUGACA